UAAUUUCGGGUGUUCUGUUUUACAGUUCGGUCUGGGCGGAUCCAAAGCGUCCUUCACCCCAUUUGUUGACCCACGUGUCUAUCAAACCUCCCCAAGUGAAAACGACGACGACGACAACUCCGCGGAAGCCAUGUUUGCUAAUGAACUGCUGAGGCAGGAGCAGGCCAGACUGAACGAAGCCAGAAAGAUCUCUGUGGUCAACGUCAACCCGACCAACAUCAGACCCCACAGCGACACCCCAGAGAUCCGCAAAUACAAGAAACGCUUCAACUCUGAGAUCCUGUGUGCUGCACUCUGGGGUGUGAAUCUGCUGGUGGGGACAGAGAAUGGUCUUAUGCUGCUUGACAGAAGCGGACAGGGAAAAGUCUAUAACCUGAUCACCAGGCGGCGCUUCCUUCAGAUGGACGUGCUUGAGGGGCUCAAUGUGCUAGUCACCAUAUCUGGGAAAAAGAAUAAGUUGCGUGUCUACUAUUUGUCCUGGCUGAGGAACAGAAUAUUACACAACGACCCAGAAGUAGAGAAAAAACAGGGUUGGAUUACAGUUGGGGAACUGGAGGGCUGUGUGCAUUAUAAAGUUGUCAAAUAUGAGAGGAUUAAGUUCCUGGUGAUUGCUCUGAAGAACUCUGUGGAAAUCUAUGCCUGGGCUCCCAAACCCUACCACAAGUUCAUGGCCUUUAAGUCAUUCACGGAGUUGCAGCAUCGUCCCCAGCUGGUUGACCUGACGGUGGAGGAAGGGCAGAGGUUAAAGGUCAUCUAUGGCUCCAGCGUUGGCUUCCAUGUCAUCGACGUGGACUCGGGCAACCCUUACGACAUCUACAUCCCUUCGCAUUGUGCCAAACAGAUGAAGAUCCAGAGCCAGGUGACGCCCCAUGCCAUCGUGGUGCUCCCCAAGACUGAUGGGAUGGAGAUGCUGCUGUGUUACGAAGACGAGGGCGUCUACGUCAACACAUACGGGCGAAUCACCAAGGACGUGGUGCUACAGUGGGGAGAGAUGCCUACCUCUGUUGCCUAUAUCCACUCGAAUCAGAUUAUGGGCUGGGGUGAGAAAGCCAUAGAGAUCCGCUCUGUGGAGACGGGUCAUCUGGAUGGAGUCUUUAUGCAUAAGAGAGCCCAGAGACUCAAAUUCCUUUGUGAGAGGAAUGACAAGGUAUUCUUUGCAUCAGUGCGUUCGGGAGGUAGCAGCCAAGUUUUCUUCAUGACCCUCAACAGAAACUCUAUGAUGAACUGGUGAUGGCUCUUCCCACUGUCCACUCUGCCUCGCUCUCCCAUUGGCCCGCCCGGCGACUAACCUUGGUCUACGCCACAUCUGACAAACACUCCAGAUUGACCGAGAGGCCACGAGUUAACUCUUUUACAGGAGAGACUAAAAACAUGUAGAGGAAGAAGAAAAAACAAAAAAGAAGCUAUCGUAGAUAAAAACAACAAAGACCUGUUCUGAAUGAAGAGAUAUUUUCCCCUAGAUCACGUUGUUGGGUCAUGAAGAAGCCAUCGUUACUCAACUGACUGACAAACUGGUGCCACUGACGAUGAACAUUCCCUUCUUCUGUCCCUGUCUGUAGCUGUUUACCCGCUCAGUUUGUCUCCUCUCUCCUUACAGACCAGUGCAUUCAAGUGUUCAACAGUUGUAGUAAUACACUUUACACCCGCUUCUUUCUCUCCCUCCCCUCUUUAUCCUCGAUACCUUCCCUCCUUCCUGGUAGAUGUAGUCAAGUGAGUCAAUUGUUUUACACCCAAUUUCUCUAUUUUCCCCACUUCCUAUCUGCCAUGUGUGGGCUCAUUCCCGGAGAACGUACACCUCAGAGGUCGGAGGAAUGGAAGAAUAAGAUUCAAUAUAAAUUCAAAUAAAUACUUCUGAAUAUGAGGGCACCCGGGGGAUGACAAACUUGCUCCGGAUGUCGGCGGUGAAAGCAGACAGCCUGAUUGAUUUUCUUUCUCCUCUGUCACUCCCCUCCUCCUCCCCUCCUCCUCCUCCUCCCCCUCACCAUCUUUUCGGGGCCAUGAGUAAACUGAACUGUGAUUUAGUGUUCGAUCGCAUUUCGCUAAUAGAGAUGCGAUGAGACAAUCUGCUGUCGUAGUCGGGUUGUCACAGUAUGCAAAGAUGAUGUCUGUGUCGUCCCUUUAAAAUUAAGUCACUAGUUCAUCCUCUUUCCCUCCUUCUGUCAUCCCCCCCCAUCAUCAUCCCAAUCAUCUCCCUAUUCACACUCUUUUACGUCUUUAAACUCUGACGGUGCUGCAUCACGUAUACUGUAGUAUUGAAUGAACUAUGAGAGCGUUCAUUCUUUAUACUUUUGUUCUUCUCUUUUUCUGUGGCUGAGUCAGUCUUUGUGACAAAAUGUACAGCACAUCUGUGUCUCUGAAGUGUGUGUGUAUGCGUGUGUGUGUGUGUGUGCGCGUGCGUGCGAGCUUGAUGUUGAAAUGAUUACCAUUCAAAUCAAAAGUUUAAAUCAAAGUAGGACAUUGAAAUCAAUGGCCAGAAAAAAGAGUAAUUUAGUCUGUGCGUGAACCUUUACCUGAAUGCGAUCAAAGCCACACUGAGUUUGUUUAAAUGCAGAUUUAUGAUGUUAUCUUCUUAGUGUGAAGUUUAUGAGUUGACGUGUCUGAACACUGAGCAUUUAAAGAUAGGCAAUAUUAGUUGUUGAUUUGUUGGGAGUGUUCUUUUCUUUCUCUGUUUCUUUAACAAAGUAGUGGCGAUUCACAAAUGCAACCUUGCCGCUGUGGGGAAUAUUUAGAUUCUUAUCCUGAACACAACCUCAACAGGAUAUGAGCUACGAUCCCAAAUACUGUGUGCAUGGGAUAGCACUAAUUGUUAAAAAGCUGUCCUUUUGAAUCCUUCUCCUCCCUGAUUGGUUCUUCUGGUUGUGGCUCCUAACUGUUUGUACUGGUCCUAGCAUGAUGUAAGCAAAAACAAAAAUGGAAGCCAAAAGAUUCUCGCUCACGCUAUAGUUAAGAAAUGCCUAUGCGGUUAAUUUACACUGGUUUUUGUGUGUGUUAUUGUUAAAUUUAACACAUUACUGAUGAUAUUUUUGUCUCUUCUAACGGAGAUGCACAUUGACACAUUUAAGACUUGUUUUGUUUGUUUUUUAUUUUAAUGAGUAACAGAGUAUGGUAUGAUAAAACCAUGCAAUUUCUUUUUAAAUGCUUAGUACAGGUCAAUCAUUAAUACAUACUGUAUUCAAUUUAUAACACUAUUGAGGGUGGACUAGUUCAUGCAUACUCAUCCACAUUGGAGAGCACUGUAAUGCAGGUGGGUCUUUUUUUUCUGGUGGGUAUACAGCGGGUUAGACCUGCCAUGCUGGCCUGUGGUUAACAAACGUUAAGUUGACACAAAAAAUGGACACAUUCCCAAAUGAUGUAAUUAUCAACAUACAUCUUUUUUUUAAUAUGCAGUUUUCAAAACAGGAGAUUUUUCACAUCCACACAGUAGCUGCUCCUGUGCAGCUGCAAGUGAGGUUCACCAAUCUCUGUUAGAGGCAGCAGGCUAACGUUUUAGCAAUAAGAGCCGAGCUGAAGAAAACCACUGUCUUCCUUGUGUGUGCACGCAUGCAUCUGUGUGUAUGAUUAAUGAGCAAAGUGUGAAUGGGGCAUUAUAAUUAUAACUAUUAUGUUUGUCUACCACGGAAUUCACUCUUACCAUUGGAAAAGGCUGAUGGUCAUUACACUGAGGACUCUCCUUUCAAAGACAAAACCACUGUAUUCUUUAUUCUGUUUAUUUCUUGCUAUCUUUAUUUUGGAAGAGCAUUACUAAUGUCCUGUUUUGGGAUUUAUUUGUUUUGUAAAAGAGAUGCUGUAAGAGAGAAAUAAAUUAAACUAGAGCAUUAUG